AUGUGGGAGCGCCUGCCUGGUGGGCCUGCUUCGAUCAUCGUUUUUCUUUGCAUUCUUGCUGCUUACACGGUACAAACAGAGUCGAUCCAGUACAUUCAGCACACACUUGGGUACCAGAAGCCACUUUUUCUCUUGUUCGUAACGCACAGCAGCUUUGUGUUCUUAUUGCCGAUCUAUCUGGGAUUCAUCCAUGUGUUUACGACGCGGUCGACCACGCAAUGCUGCUCCUUGCUGCGCCGUGAUAUUCGAAGGCAACUGGAUUUCGCGUUUGGUCCACAAGAUACCCCACGACGUCGUGCAUCCACAGAUGUGCUGCGACUGCUUGCCAUUCUGCUUGUGUUAACGGUGGCUUUGACAGUUCCAUCCGUCAGCUGGUUCCUUGCCGUCCCACUCACCAGCAUGGCUAAUAUCACUUCCAUCUACAAUACUUUUAGUCUAUGGGCGCUCGUGUUCUCGGUCUACUUUCUCCAAGAACCAUGGUCCUACCUGCAGGCGGUCGCUGUCCUGCUUGGUGUACUAGGAGUGGCCAUCUCCGCGUACGGAGGGACAACACAACCCGCGAUUGUCGCAGGACUCACUGGUGGAAAGGUCAUUACUUAUGCCUUGUUAGGCGAUGCGCUUGCGUUGGUCGGUGCCAUUUCCAUGGCUGCGUACGAGAUUUUUUACAAACGGCUCACUGUGAUACCCCAUGACGAGUCACUCGGCUCGUUCGCCCCACUGCCCUCGUCCGCAGACGAUGAUGUUACGCACUCGCAACAAGAGACGGAGCCUGAAGGCGAACUUCCAUUUGGGCUGCAUCCCAUUGCCAUGACCACGGGCAUUGGGGCUAUCACGUUCGCUCUUCUAUGGAUCCCACUGGUCAUCAUGCAUGCGACAGGGGGCGAGUCGUUGGAAGCUCCUAAGCACGUGGGAACUUUUCUGUGGAUUGCACUUAGCGUCGUAUGCGGUGUGCUUUUCAAUGGCUGCUUCGCGAUCUUACUUUCUCUGUGGGGGCCUGUCCUAGCAUCCAUGUCGUGUCUGCUCACCACUGUGAUUGUCCAGCUCACGGACGUAGCUUUGGGUAUCCCAUUCUCAUGGAUAGGUAUGCUGGGCAACCUGAUUAUUACAGUGAGUUUCGUGUGUUUGUUGCCAUGGUAA